AUGGCUGGGCUGUGGAGAGGCCACCCCCCCUUUGGCCAUGUGUGUUCCUGCCCGUGCCUAGGGAUACCCUAUGCCAGAGUUGGCAAUGAGUUGGGCCUGCUGGAGGACAUCUUCACUGGCCCUUUCAAUAAUAGCAUUCAGGAGAUCCGUGACAAUAGUAAACAGCACUGGGGAAAGUGGGUCUCCUUUCUGGAGUCCGCUUUGGUGCUAAAUAAAUCCUCUCCUGGCAGCCUAAUAAGUAAAACUCUGGUAGCAGGGAGUCCAUAUUCGCUUUCAGAUGGUAUUGAAAAUGACUUGGUGCUCCAGGAACUUAUUUCAAAAUGUGGUGGACUUCCAAAAAUAAUAGUUUCUAUUGCUGACUAUUUGGUCCAUAUAUUCAACUGGAUAGAAAGAGCCAAAAUUUUGAAUGACCAAUUUAUAAAUAACAUGGAGACAAGGCAUGAGUUUGCGAGUUUACAGGAUAUGUUUCGCUGGAUACAUUCAUACUUUCGUUCUUGCCCAGAUUUCUUGAAGCCUUGUAUCUUUUAUCUGUCAAUCUUCCCCAAGUCAGAGAUCAUUCGGCGGCGACGUUUGGUGAUGAGGUGGGUUGCAGAGUGUUACUCGAAGGACAAGGAUAGUGAUAGCGCAGAUGAGAAUGGAGAGGAGCUCUUCGCAAAGAUCACUGAGCUGAGCAUGAUCCAACCACCAGAGCGGGCAAUUGUCACAAACAUGAGACUAGUUUGGUGCCAAAUCAGUGCUUUUUUCCAUGAGUAUAUCAUCUCAAGACCAAAAGAAGAGAAUGUUACCUUUGCACUUGAGGUCUUUGCACUGAAGGGAUGUUGCCGCCAGACCACUGGGCGUACAGGACGGCACCUUGUCAUAGAGGAAAGCUGGGAGCGAGACAGGAUUGUGUUUGAGAGCAUCGACUUGUCUCGUCUACGUUCCCACACAGUGUUUGGUGACUGGUCACUAUUCUUCAUUUCUGAAAGUAUGAAAGUGCUUCGGGUGCUUGAUCUGGAGAAUGCAUCAGGUGUCACCGAUAAAGACCUCCAUAAGAUGCUUAAGCUUCUGCGUCGCCUCAAGUUCCUUUCUCUCAGAGGAUGCAGUAUGAUCAGGAAUCUGCCCGGUUCAAUGGCAUCAGGGGUGGGAAAACUGACUCUGUUGCACACACCUGGAGUUGUCAAUAUCAGUGCUGCCAAAGGGAAAGUCAUCCUAGAAGAGCUCAAGAAUCUUACUCAAUUACGCAAGCUUGGAGUGGCUGGAGAACUAUGUAUUCUACGCCUUCGUGUGAACACACCUCAAGAUGCACCUGCAAUUGAGUCACCAGCUAGUGAGCCUCAAGCUGAAAGGGCAGUGACCCCACUGCAGGGAACAAACUACAGAGGCGACUCGUUCCCUCAAGUGGAAGCAGUUCCUCUAGGUAUGCUCAACUUCUGUGUCAUGACCGAUGGGGCGGAGGACCGCUGUUAUAAAAAGAUACAGGUCCUGGAGAUUUCUAGCAGAUCCAUGUUACAUUUAAGCAUUGGAAAAGAAGCAAUGGAAAAUCUCGAGGCUGAAGGCUGGCUGCUGUAG